GGAGCCACCGGCCGCGGCUACUUUCUGUGACUCGUUAGAUUCAGUGAUUGUUUCCAUCUUCACGUGAAUCCGGUCUCGUGCGGGGCUCCGGUAGCUGAUAUCUGUGUGAGGGGAAUAACGUUAGCACCCACAGGAGACGGAUGCUUUCACGGUCAUGUGAGAUUUAUGGAAAGCGGAGGAAUGAAGGCAGUGACACAAAGAAAAUCAGCGGAGUAAAUGUUAAUACGUCCAACUUUGAUAUGUGGCCUACGGAGACGACCGGGCUCAGGUGAAACGGUCCCAUUUGCAAAGCUGAAAAACCAGAGGUGGACAUCACGAUGAUGAAGAGUAGGCGUGCUCAGAUUGGACCUAUGAGAGAAGGCUAAGCACGUCAAGUGACCUCACUGGAUGGAGUGACUGUGGAUGCAGAGAGGACGUCUCUCCAGUGUCCUGACAGUCUGCUGUCCACACGUGUGGGCUUCCCUCACAGGAUGUGAACCUGAGACUUCGCUCGGUGUUUGAUUUAUGCUUCCAUUGUUUUUGAAAGAAGACUGGGAGCUGCAGCUGAAUGUAAACCAUGCCUCGGAACCGAGCCUUUUCUGAGCCCGAGUAUUCUGCUGAGUAUUCAGCAGACUGCUCUGUGACGUUGCCCUCUGACCCCGGGCAGGCAGUGGGGCGAACACACGAGGUCACGGUGCGGACCUCGGGAUGCUGCCUCUGUCUGCCGCGUUUCAUGCGCCUGACCUUUGCACCCGAGUCCUUGGAGAAUCUUUAUCAGACCUACUUUAGACGGCAGAGACACGAAACCCUGCUGGUGCUCGUUGUGUUUGCCGCGCUGUUCGACAGCUACAUCAUCCUCAUGUGUGCUGUGGUCUACACCGCUGAUAAGCUGGCUUCUGUUUUAGUGGCAUCAGUGGGACUGGCAGCAGAUAUCAUUCUCUAUCUGCUGUGCCGCUUUGGGCUGCUGCCAGACCGCAUCUCCCGGCGGGUGUUGCCCUAUGCCCUGUGGGUGCUCAUAGCCGCUCAGAUAUUCUGCUACCUGGGGUUGAAUUAUGCUCGCUUCCACCAGGCCAGCGACACUGUAGGCUGGCAGGCUUUCUUCAGUUUUUCGGUUUUUCUGACUCUGCCUUUGAGACUGACUCCCAUUGUGCUCAUCACCACUGUGUCCUGUGGGGUCCACACCCUGGUUCUGGGUGUCACCAUUGCCCAGCAGCAGCAGGAUGACAUACACGGCGCAGCACUCGGCAGACAGCUUCUAGCCAACCUUGUGAUUUAUGUUUGUGCCAUCACUGUGGGCAUCAUGUCGUACUACAUGGCUGAUCGGAAACAUCGGAAGGCCUUUCUGGAGGCGAGACAGUCGCUGGAGGUCAAACUCAACCUGGAGGAGCAGAGUCAACAACAGGAGCGUCUGCUCCUCUCCAUUCUUCCAAAGCACAUAGCUGAUGAAAUGCUUCAGGACAUGAAGAAGGGGCCUAGUCAGAAAGAAAUGCAACAGUUCAACACCAUGUACAUGUACAGGCAUGAAAAUGUCAGUAUUUUGUUUGCAGACAUCGUGGGCUUCACCCAGCUGUCGUCUUCUUGCAGUGCUCAGGAGCUUGUCAAGCUGCUUAAUGAGCUCUUUGCCCGCUUUGACAAACUAGCUGCUAAAUACCACCAGCUAAGGAUCAAGAUCCUGGGAGACUGCUACUACUGUAUCUGUGGGCUGCCGGACUACAGGGACGACCACGCCGCCUGCUCUAUCAUGAUGGGCCUGGCCAUGGUGGAGGCCAUUUCGUAUGUCCGAGAGAAAACUCAGACAGAUGUGGACAUGCGUGUUGGAGUGCACAGUGGUACGGUCCUGGGAGGAGUGCUGGGCCAGAAACGUUGGCAGUAUGAUGUUUGGUCCACAGAUGUCACAGUGGCCAAUAAAAUGGAGGCUGGAGGGAUCCCAGGCCGUGUGCACAUCUCACAAAGCACCAUGGAGUGUCUUCAUGGUGAGUUUGAUGUGGAGCCGGGGAAUGGCGGUGACCGCUGUGACUACCUGAGGGAGAGAGGCAUAGACACCUACCUGGUGGUUGUUCCAAAAGCACCUGUGGGAAAGAAUGGCAUUAACAGCGUCAAACUGUCCGUAACCUCGUCCAAUGGAAAUUCCCCUCUGCUGAUCAACACCACAGACUGUAAUGGCAGUGUUCACACAGCCUGCACCACACCAGAGGAACCAGAGGAGCUGGACACAAGGGUGGUGAACCCAUCGUUUCCUAAUCCCCGAAGGAGGCUGAGGCUGCGGGACCUGGCUGAACGGGUGAUUGAUGCUCAGGAGAAUGAACAGGAGCUCAACAAACUCCUUAAUGAAGCUCUGCUGGAGAGAGAAACGGUUCAAGCUCUGAAGGGGAAACACACCAACAAGCUGUCCCUCAGGUUUGUGGAUCCAGAGCUGGAAACACGUUUCUCUGUGGAGAAGGAGAAACAGAGCGGGGCUGCCUUCUGCUGCUCCUGUGUGGUUCUGCUCUUUACUGCAGUGAUGGAGGCGCUCAUAGACCCCUGGCUGAUUGCAAACUACAUCACCUUUGCAGUGGGGGAGGUCUUACUGCUCAUCCUGACCAUUUGUUCUCUGGCUGCCAUCUUCCCCAGAGUCUUUGCCAAAAAGCUGGUGUCUUUCUCCACCUGGAUUGACCACACACGUUGGGCUCGCAACACUUGGGCCAUGACCGCCAUUUUCAUCCUAACCAUGGCUGACAUAAUGGACAUGCUUAGUUGUCUGCCUCAGGUCCCAGACUCAGACACCACCACAGUGGCCCCCUCCUCCUCGUUGUCCACCGUGUCCAGCCUUGAAGGUUGCCUGAACAAUCCCAAAUAUUACAGCUACGUUGCUGUGCUGGCACUGAUGGCCACCACAAUGCUGGUUCAGGUCAGUCACAUGGUUAAGCUUACCCUGAUGCUGCUCAUCACAGUGGCCACGGGCGUCGUUAACAUCUACAGCUGGAAGGACAUCUUUGACCGCUAUGACAUCGCCCGCUUCCACGACUACAGGUCGUACCUGGUCCCAUCUAAAUUCGCGAUGACAGUUAUGAUCUUCAUUAUGAUGGUUAGCUUCUAUUACUUCUCCAGACAUGUGGAGAAGCUUGCCCGUACCCUCUUCCUCUGGAAGAUUGAGGUUCAUGAGCAAAAGGAGAAGGUGUAUGAGAUGCGGCGCUGGAACGAAGCGCUGGUGACCAACAUGCUGCCUGAACAUGUGGCUCGACACUUCCUAGGAUCCAAGAAAAGGGACGAGGAGCUGUACAGCCAGUCAUAUGACGAGAUCGGAGUCAUGUUCGCUUCUAUCCCCAACUUCUCUGACUUUUACACAGAGGAGAGCAUCAAUAAUGGAGGCAUCGAAUGCUUGCGCUUUCUCAACGAGAUCAUCUCAGACUUUGACAGUCUGCUGGAUGAGCCUCAGUUUCGCUGCAUUACAAAAAUCAAGACUAUUGGCAGCACAUACAUGGCAGCGUCAGGUGUCACCCCGGACGUCAGCAACGGUUACAACUCCAUCAAGAAGGAAGAGCUGUCGGACACCGAGCGCUGGCAGCACCUGGCAGACCUCGCAGACUUUGCGCUGGCCAUGAAGGUUACACUUAUGAACAUCAACUACCAAUCAUUCAACAAUUUCAUGCUGCGCAUCGGUCUAAAUAAGGGAGGGGUGCUAGCUGGAGUGAUUGGUGCUCGCAAACCCCACUUUGACAUCUGGGGCAACACUGUCAACGUGGCAAGCCGCAUGGAGUCCACAGGUGUGAUGGGCAACAUCCAGGUAGUGGAGGACUGCUACAACAUCCUGAAGGAGUAUGGCUUCCGCUUCGUGAGGAGAGGGCCCAUCUUUGUGAAGGGGAAAGGAGAGCUGCUCACUUAUUUUCUGAAGGGAAGAGACAAACAAGGCUCAUUUAUCAACGGCUCCUCUGUCACUCUGCCACAUCAGGUGGUGGAUAGUUGAGGACUUAUCUGUCUGUCACACACUCAUGCACUCAUCGGUCAUAGGCUGUGUGAAGAGUCGUGCAGGGGAAAGAAGUGAAUUGAUUUAAAGUCCUGGGAAACCUGAAACUAUAACUGAACCGAAGCCUAAUUCAUUUACAAACUUCAUAAACAUGAACUGGUGUAUUCUCUGUCUGUACAGAAAGAUGUACAGAUGCCAGAAGAGUCUGUAUUUGAUUUUGAAGAUGAUUUCAGUUUAGCAGUAUAUAUUUAAAUCAAGAUGUUCGAAUAAAUUGAGAAGAUUAGAAGCUGAGGGCACCAAACAGAUAGGAGAUUAAAGGGAAACCUGAUUCUUUGACUGUGACACUGAGGGGACUGAUCGAUGAUGCUGUCAAGGUUUGAAGUUCUUACUUCUUAAAUAAGGAGUUACAUGGAAAUUCAUAAUAUUGGGUUAAACAGGUUAAACAGAACUCUUGCUUUGGACGGAUACUGCAGCACAAAUUAUUCAUCAUUUGGAAGUUUUUUUCUUUUUGUCCUCGUGUCACCCUUCCUGAAACCAUAGGCACAGAAACAUUUACCAAAAGGAGACUUUAGUGUAAUGAAACACCCAGUAACACACCACACGGGUCAAAUCUGUGCAGAUUUGUUUUAUAAACCACUCCGUUUGAUGACAAAUGCACUUGUAGCUUAAAAUGAAUCCAGGUACUGAAUAUACAGAUAGUAAAGUAUUACAGUGUUACCUCAGACACACAGCUAAUACUACUGACGUGAUUUCUCUGCAUCCUUAGAUAACUGGCCCAUUAACUUCCUGGGUGGCUGUAGCUCAGGAGGUAGAGCAGGUCCUCUACUAAUCACGAGGUUCACCGUUUGCUCCCUGCCUGCUGUAAUCUUUAUUGGGCAAGAUACUAACCCCAAAUUGCUCUCCAGUGCAUCCAUUGGCAUGUGAACAUUAAAUAAAAAGCACAUAAGCAUAAAAAACGUGCUGGAGCACGAGGUAUAAAACGAGUCCCUUUACCAUCCUGCACAGCUUUCACUCCUGGAUCAGGCCAUGAAGCUCUCCCUGCUGCUACCUUCUGUUGAAUCAUAGUUUCUUUGUUUCCUCAUUUAGAAACAUCAGGACCUGUCUCUGCUUCAGCACUUAAACCGAUGCAUUUAAGAAGCACUCCCCUUUAGCAAACCAUGGUAUGUGUAAAUGUUCGACAUGUGCAAAGGAAGUGUUGCUUUUGUUACAGCAGAGGUUGUUAGCUUUGGCUGGUACAGUCCAAGCAAACUUUUAAACAUUUCUCUCUCUGUCUCUCACACUAAUCUCUCCUCUGGAGCAAUAAAAAUGUAUUUUAGGCAUAAACUUUAAUUUUACUGCAGGAGGUGAGUCAGUAAGAUAGAUCAUUAACUCAAUUCAAUUUUAUUUACACAGCGCCAAAUCACAACAGCAGU